CGCCGUCCAGUACGCUGACACCUCCACUCCGGUGUGUACGUGUGAUAAUACUAGGUGUCCAGCUGUUUUAAUCUGUGAUAUAAUUACCGUAGGAGCCAGUGUAGACUAAGUUAAGUGGGAUCCGACUACAAGACAAACAGACAAGAUGGUGGUGUCGGAGGGAGCCAUCAACAACAUUAUGGGUGGGAUGGAGAACACGGCCGGGGUCAGACUCCACUCCCACCGUCACAAGCUAAAACAGAGGUUCGACAUUAUACGGAAGUUAGGUCAGGGAACUUACGGCAAAGUGCAGUUGGCGGUUAACAAAGAAACGGGGCAAGAGGUUGCAAUCAAGACCAUCAAGAAGGCCAAAAUUGAGACAGAACAAGACUUGAUACGCAUACGGAGAGAGAUUCAGAUCAUGUCAUCAGUCCAACAUCCUCAGAUCAUCCAUAUUUAUGAAGUAUUUGAAAAUCGGGAAAAAAUGGUGUUGGUGAUGGAAUAUGCGGCGGGUGGAGAACUCUACGAUUAUCUUAGCGAGCGCAAGGUGCUAUCGGAAGACGAAGCUCGGAGAGUGUUUCGUCACGUUGCCUCUGCAACAUAUUAUUGCCAUAAGCAUAAAAUCUGCCACCGAGAUCUCAAAUUAGAAAAUAUCUUAUUGGACUUGGAAGGUAAUGCCAAGAUUGCAGAUUUUGGUCUUUCAAACGUGUUUGAUGAAAAACAUCGGUUGGACACAUUUUGUGGGUCUCCUCUUUAUGCAUCACCAGAAAUUGUUAAAGGCAUCCCCUACACUGGACCAGAAGUUGACUGUUGGUCGUUAGGAGUUUUGCUGUACACACUUGUGUAUGGUGCCAUGCCAUUCGAUGGCUCGAACUUCAAGCGACUGGUCAAACAAAUCACACAGGGAGAUUACUACGAGCCUAAGAAGCCUUCUCGUGCCUCUGACUUGAUCCGACAUAUGCUCACGGUGUCGGCCACUAAACGAGCCACAAUAGAGGACAUUUGUAAUCACUGGUGGGUCAACGAGGGAUUCUCAGAGCAAUGUUUGGAAGUGGCCGAGGCCCUGGCUAACCAAACUCCCGUCCGCCUUGAUCUGCUGCUGUCACUCGCCCCAAAGCACAUCAAUUCAGAGCACAUGCUCAUCCAGCCAGAAGAAGAUGACAGUGCCAGAUCGCCGCCUACCUCAGAGGUGACUCGACCACCCCCACAGCUCCAGUUGCCUCCUCCACCUCCGUCUGACCCUCUUCCAGUUGCUCCAGCACGUUCAGCUUCCCUUGGUGCAGUCACGUCUAUUAAUCACAAUGAAAUUGAAGCUUUGUUGGCACAGAAAAUACGGGAAAAGAAGGAGAAGGAGAAGAAGAGAAAAGCCGAUGAAUCUGGUACUAUGGAAAAGAAAAAGAAAAGAGAGUCUCUGGUAGAGGGAACUCCCAAACCUAGUCGUAAAGAACGAAAGUCAGACGUACACUCACAUGCAGGAGAGUCGGGAAGUAGUCGAAGACCUCCAGUCAUACCAGACAGCGACUUAUCCGAGCGUAAAAAGAGCGUGAAAAAGCGAGAACCUGUAGUGGACGACGAUACUUUAGAACACGAUAGAAGUGAGCGUUCAGAACGGAAAAAGAGUGUUAAAAAGCGUGAACCUAUAGUUGAUGGUGAUAUUAGUGAUCUAAGUGAAAAGUCUGAGAGAAGAAAGAGUGUGAAAAAGCGAGAACCUUCAGUAGGUAAAGAUGUUAGUGAGAGUGACAGAACAGAGAGGAAGAAGAGUGUAAAGAAGCGAGAUCCAUCAGCUGAUAAGGACAUUAGUGAAAGUGAGAGAACAGACAAAAAGAAAGUUGUGAAAAAGAGGGAGUCUUCUGUGACUAGAGAGUUAAUUGAUGAUAAAGUAGAGAGGAGAAAAAGUACGAAAAAGAAAGAGUCAUUGAAGGAAAAGACUCCUAUUAAGACUGAUAGUGAAUCUAUUACUGAACCUUCACCUGUGAUAAAUGGGGAAAAACAUGCAUAUAGUAAAGCCGAGAUGGGUAAGUCACGGGACAUACAGAUGGACACAUGUGAGGACCAAUUCUUGAGUCAGAGCCAAAAGCCUCCCCUACCCAAGGACCAAGUUAUAGAGCAGGUACAACCUCCUUCAUCCAAUGAUAUGGAACUAUGUAGAAGUAACAGUGCAAAGAGUGAGAUUAAGGAGAACUCAGGUCAACAGUCUGAACAGGUAGAGCCCAUGGAAACUGAGCCAGUCACUCCCACGACAACGUCCCCGGGACCCACGAGAGUGUCAGCGAGCAUGAGAUCAGUGGGGUCUGCUGCUUCCAAUGACAUAACCCUUAAGGCCUCUGAUUCUUCACUCUCCAGGGAGUCUGUUAGUCCAAUGAAGACUGAGGUAGGGGCAUCCCCCCAGCCUCAUGACACGCCAAAGAAAUCAUCAUCGCCCAGUCAGACUCCACAGGUGAGAAAAGUAAAGUCAAAGUCAUUAGUAAAAGCUUCCUCUAAGAGUAAGGUUGAGGCCAGGCCAGUGGAGGUAACAACCACCAACAGUGAAGUUAGUAGAGUAGUUCCAUCACCUAUUCCCAGGGUAGAUGAAACAGAAAAAAUUUUGCAAGAAACUGCAGAUAUAAUUAAACAUGCAGAAGAGUCAAACAUUCCUGAUACAUUAAAAACAGGAUAUGAAGAACCUCAGGUCAAAAGGGAAGUAGGUGGAGGUGUUGUGCGCAAAGAAUGUGAGUCAGUCAGUGACGUUCGGCAGAAGGAUACUGAAUCAACUGGUGAGUCGGUCUCUAGUAAAGAUGUUAGCCAGUCAUCAUCUAUGUUAUCAACUCCAACUCGAAGUCGAGCUGGUUCAGAGUCAUCCACAGAAGCUCGGCCGCCCCGUACAGACUCGGCAAAGAGACAGUCAAAGAUUUUUAAGGCUGCUGCCAUGUGGGAGAACCAAGGUAAUACAACUCAACCCCCAAUUGAGAAACUCAAGAAGCCAGUCAGAACUGCGGGAAAUGUCAUGUCCGACCUAGCAAGGAAGUUUGAGGAAAAGCCAUUAGUUGAUCGCAAGAGUAAAUUGGUACCCAGUUUUAAGGUGUCUGAUGCUAGGAAAGCCUUUGAAACUAAACCAGCGGAGAAACCCACUGUUAUUCUGCGGAGAAAGUCAACUGCAGAAUCACUGCCAUCUUCUCCCACUAACAAGGAUGGUCCUCAGAUACCUACCACUCUCUCGGGACCAAUACCUUCCCGUGAUGCUGUCAGGGAUGGAACACCUGUCAAAGAAGCUUCUUCAGUAAAAUCUAACAAAGAGAAAUCACCAAUCAAAGAGAAAUCUCCUGCAAACAGCCCAUCAGAAGAAAAAAUAGUUGAAAAUGACAUUGAAAAGGAAAAAUCACCAAAGAUAAUAAAGGAAUCAAGUAGCAAAGAAACUACCAUGCCAACAUCUCCCAAACUGCCAUCAGCUGAGGCAGAGGUCCAAAGAGUUGAGGACAAUAACGUGUUAUUAACCGAUAAAACAGAGAAGAAGAAGCACAGUGAAGCUGCAAAGAAGGAAAAGUUAGGAGAUGCUAAAAAGACAAACAUGGCAGAAAAAUCACGUGCUGGUACUGAUGAAAAAUUGGUUACUCCAAAGACUUCCACACACACCAUAGAAGUGAGCCCAAGUGAGACAGUGAUGAGAUCUGAAGAAGAGAAGGCAGUGGUUGUGGGUGGUCUCAACUUGAAACUUGGAGGUGUUGGAAAAAUAUCUGAAGUUGGAACAAAGCAAGAAGUACUGAAAGCUGAGUCAUCCGAUUCUUCAGAUUCAGAAUCUGAAGCGGAAAAACUUCUCAAGUUGGUGUCAGAAAAACGAGAGAAGGUCGAGGCUGCAAGACAGGAAAAGUUGCGCAAAGUCUCUGAAGCUAAAGAUAGAGAAUACAAGAAAGAUAUGCCAGCCAUUAGAGAAGAAGCACAGUUAAAUUCACCCUCAAGCUCACCAUCAAAGUCUCCUGAAAAGGAUGUCAAGUUACCAUUACCAGAAACCCGGGACUCGGCACCAGAGCAGAAGUUUGCCACACUACCACGAGGAUUCAAGGCCAAAACAUCACGACCAGCUGCUGCUGCUGGGCCUGCUCCAUUGCCUCCUAUAGAAAAGAUAAAGAAAGAUGACAAGAAAGAUAAGACCAUCAACCAAGAAAUUGAAGGAAUGAUGUCGGCAAUAAAGGCCGUGGAUCAGGCCAUUACUAAGGAAGAGCAGGAAAUCAAGAUGCUACGUGAUUCCUUGGCUCGUAAUCUUCCUGAAAAUAUUGAGGAAGAGCAAAUCAAGUCUCAUGAGGGAUCAGCCUCACCACAUCCUGAACACAGCCCUGUUACCAAGGAGACUGAGGCCAUCCCACCGGAAAAGGUUCUCACGCCCUCAACUGGAGAUAUACCGGUGACUACCAGUACUUCAGGCACUAGUGUGCCGCAGGGGCCAGGUGAGACCACCCAGAAGGCACAGGAAGCCAAGGAUGUUGACCGUAAGAAGACAAAGCUGGAAAUUGUUCUGAACAACAAGAAACCAGAUGCCCAGGAGCCAGACCUAAUCAACAAGAGGGCCUCAUAUGCUGAAAUCAAGCUGACUUCUCCCACCUCCAAAGAUACCCCAAAGACUCAGGAGUACAGAUCAGAAGUCCGACACAGUGUAGGACCCGCCCAUGGAAUGGGAGAGGCCCAGCUGCAGAGAGCAAAGAGAGAGCGCAUCAUUCCCAUCAUGCUUGAGGAUGAUGAUGAUGAUGAUGAUGAUGAUGACCUCACCACAAGUGAGAACCUUUCCCGCACUGAUAGGCCUGUAGGCACCUCAGGAUCAAGGGUCACAUCACCACAGCCUUCACAGCUUCCAAACAGACGCACCUCUGACCCACGAUCACCCAUGUACAAUCCCUCACCCGAACCAAUAAGGAAGUCUCGUCGGGAACGAAUUAUUCCAAUAGCAGUUGAGGGAGAAGGCAUCGUCACUCCUCCCCCUCAUGUAGAAGAAGCGGCAGAACUUGGAGCAGCUCGGGCACAUCAAGCAUUUUCACGCACUUUAUCAGGGAGACCCACAGCUCUUAAUGGAAUGACAGAAGGUGAGGGGGAGAGUGAACCACUGUCACCCACGGGCACUGUGUCCUGUCCUCCACUACCUCGUAGGGCUCCGGCUGACCUUGGUCCGGUGCCCGUGUGGCAGCGACGCCUCUCUCACACUAACAGUCGAGGGCGAGGAUUCCUUCUGGAUCACAGUGAAAGCUUCAGUUCAGCAGGAGAAGAAGAAGAAGAAGAUGAAGAUGAUGGUUUCCAAAUCCUCACUGCUGAAUCCCUGUUUUCAACUCUACUUAACCGAGUCCGUUCAUUAACUCGCAAGAUGAAUGCUGAUGAAAUCCGAAAUGAAAGGAGCCGCCGAUCAUCAAAUCGACCCACUCCAGAGCCUAACAUGGCUCCCAGCAGUGCAGGAAUUGGAGCAGCUCACUCAGCUUCCUCUGGCUUUUGGUCAUCUCUCUACAACUCCCCUCGAGACUCACCUGCCAGGAGGAUCUCCGAGACAAUGUCGCGUAGUAGCCUCGGGCGAGAUGAUGACACAUUAGGGGGACUCAGCUCUCCACUGUGGACACGCAGUGUUUCCCGGGACACCUCUGAUGCUGACACACUGUUCUCAGAAGCCUCGACUCCAUUUGGUACACUGCCGAGAGGGUGGCGGGCAUCCCGGUGGUCAGGCGGUGAUGAUGGAGGAGAGUCUGACACAUCUGAAGCCUCUGCCCGUUCCCUUGGUCGUCGGCCACAGUUUUCCCGUGCUCCUUCCCGAGAGCUACACAACAUCCCCGACGAAGAGCUGGGGAUGAUGGGCAGCAGAGGGUACCCAGGAGGUGGCAUGUCACUUCCUCGUCCAUAUCCUGCUAGCAGCAGCGGAAAUCUAACUCAAAAUAGAGGUAUGCACGACUCUGCAGACCGGAUAGCAGCAAUGUAUGGAACACUGCGGAGUCAACAUCGCCGCCCCCACUCUACUGUGGGUGGCCAGCCGGGGGAAUGCAUUGGGAGGGAUGGUGGGCUUUGUGAGCAGCAGCUACAGCGACCAGCUCCGCUGAACACUGCUUCUCACACUUGUGUGCAAAAAGACCAGCACACUUCACAGCUUUCCCCCAGCGGCCAGUCAUCAGAAGACACAGAGGCUCUGAAGCAGAGUGUGCAAGAACAACUGAAACAGCUUGUGAGAGAGCUAGAAGCUGGAGAAGAUGAGGCCCCUGAGGUGCCCAAACUGCCAGACCAACAACAACUGAGAGGUAACAACACACACUCUGAAAUGUUUUCACCAACUCGUGGUUUACCAGCACAGUUUUCUGGUACACCAAACACUUCAUCAACACGAACUUUUUCUCCAAACACACAAAUGUAUUGUUCUGGCAAACCAAUGUACUCCUCUAACCCAGCACUCCACAUCUCCUGCACACCAAUUCAACGUUCUUCCACACAAACACAUUCUGAAAGUACUACUGGAUACCAUGGAACACCUCCAGUUAUGACUAACAACAUGAGAGCAAACAGUGAACAUGCAACAAGACUAAGAAAAAACCUGGGCUUUGUAAAUAAGGCAGAAGCAAGUGAUGCAACAGUAAUUACCUCAGCUUGUGGAGUGACAAACACUGUACCUGCCAACAGUGCCUCUACAAGUAAUAUUCCAAUGCUCCGUACUGAUGCUGGGGCGAGUGACCGCAAGAACCGUGCACUUUCCGUCCAUCCAACACCUAGUGAUCACAUUGGUUAUAAUACCAUCCUAGACAUCUGUCGAGAGGGGGCAAUUAGUCCUUCAAAUAGUGACGGUGUUCCUGAAAGUGGUGGCAUUCGACGAGCUUUAUCCUCCCGAGAGGAAUGGCUUAAGUCUGGUAACACAUUUGUUAAAAGUGCUGACAAUUCUGCCCUGGAUGCCUACAGACGAUCUCGUGGGAAAGUUAAUAUACAUGAACACCAAGGAGGAAAACCUGAAGACAUAUGCUGUACCACCGACAGCCUGAGUCGUGUGGAGUCUCAACAAAAUAGAAGUGUCCCUAUUCAUUCUCUCUUUAACCGCCAGUAUUCAUCCGAUAUUAAAACUAAUGCACCUCUACCUGACACAAAGACCUAUGGCAAUGAUAUGGUAAGUGUUAAUAAGGAAGCAGCAAACAACAACAUAAACAAUCAAGUUAUGGCAGUCAGUUCUAUUAACAAAAAUAAAAAUGAAAAUAAUAUCAUUGAGAAUUGUAAUGUUAAUGAAUCAGUUAUAAGAAACAGUAACUUGACAUCAAAUGAUAGUAACUUAACAUCAAACAGUAUAACUAAAGCAAAUAACAACAGUACAAACAAUGUUCAAAAUAACAACAGUGGCAUUGCAACAAGUCGCUCAACCAGCGGCAUUCCUGUGAAGAGUAACAGCCGCAGCAGCCUCAGCACUCGCAGCAGCUACAGUGGCAAUAGCAGCAGCAGCACAAGCACUAAAGGAACCAGUGAUUUUCUACAACUUAAGACAUACCGGAAAAGUAAAUCAAGAGAAUUGACGCCGGCAAUUGAAGCUGCCGGGGAAAAGUUUAAUCAACUUAACUCUGGCUCACUAAAGCGUAUUUCACCUUUUGAAGCUUACCGACGCAAUAAAUCCCGUGAACUGCCAAUAGAAGCUGUCAAAAAAGAUCCCCCAACUGUGAGAUUAAAAUCACCACUGCCUGCUCCUGAUCGUUCCAAAUCGCCAUUUGAAAAGGCAAGAACAUCCAUUGAGAAGAAAUUCGAUCAUGCAAAAUCACCAGAAAGAGCACCAAACCAAAACAAUGAGGGUGCUGCUAAUCCUAUCCGUGCUCCACCCACACCUAACUUGAACCAGUUAUCAACUUGUAUAGCAAAAGAAAACAAGAUUAAUAAAUCUGAAGAUGAAACUGUUGUUCAAGAAAAGGAAAGGAAGACAGAACACAAAAAUCAUAAAGACAAAGAGAGAUUCAUAGAAAAGGAUUUAAACCAAGAGGAAGUGCAAGUAAAAAAGAAAGAAAAUGAAAAAGAGAAGGAGCUGAACAAAGACAAUGAAAAGGACAGAGGCAAAGUAAAGAAAACUUCCUCUUGUGAUCCAGAGAAACCUAAAUCUAUGUACAAGUUACUUGCUUCACGAUUUAAUCGAUCUGGUUCCAGUGUUUCUGACAACACUCGUUCAGCAACAGACAAACGACCGGAAGACGAUGAUGCACCUGAAAAAGAAGAAAAAUUUCGACUAAAAAGGCCCUCGCGGUUCCUGAAACACAAGACAGAAAAAAGCUCUUCUAAAUCCAGUGUGUGUGAAGGAGAUGGGACUCUAGAUGAUUCAGAGAGACCUGAGAGGAAGCCCUCAAAGAAACUAACAGAUGCACUUAAUAAAUUUCUAGGCCGUAAAGAUACAAAAGAAGAAUCCCGAACAUCACUAAACUCAAUGUCUCAACCUUCCAUACCCACAGCAAGUGCUGAUGAAGAACAUCCUAAGAAACCACCUCGAAUGAAAUCCAAGAAAUUUUCAAAAAGUCAGGAAAAUCUAUUUUUAAGUCGUGUAGAGGAGGGCGGUGAAUUAGGGUCAGGGUCCCCUCUCACAGAACGGGCACAGAGUGUUGUCCCAGAGGGCAGCCCUGCUAACUUACAACCUAGUUAUACUCUUGAAUCAGUGACAAAGAGUAUCUGUGACCAUCUAUCUCAACUUGAAAGUGAUAUUACUUCACGUAUUGGCAACAUGGGUGUUCAGGAGUCUGGGGCUGGAGUGAAAACAUCCGGAGGUUCUCGUGUAACUCCUGCAGUUUCUUCUGUGGGUUCAAUUACAACCUAUGGAUUGUCACCGGCUUUAGCAAGCCGCAGAAAUGGUCGACCUACCAAUCUUGAUUUGGCUGCUGCAAAUAUAGAUAAUCACCAUCCACCUACGGUUCCAGCGCAAACAGUAGACAAGAACACAAAAACAAGUUCUAAUCACAUUCCCAGCAAUGAGGGUGAAGGAGUCAAAUAUGCCCAAAUCAAAAAGCUGGCUGGUAGUGGGAAUGUUGACCCACUACAAGAUGGAAAUCAUUCUCAAACACAAUUAAGAGAAUCUUCUACAAUUGGGAUUGAGGAUCCUAGAGGACUAAGUGAAAAUGAGGAUGAAAGUGUCAUGGACAGAAUCACAAGGAAGAGUUACUAUUCAAAAUUUCAAGAUAAAAAGAAGCCAAAAUUACGUAGAGCAAAUACAAAAGAAGACAUGGACCAACAGUUAGCAGCAGCAAAGGCUCGUCUCAUGAAGGAGGAAACAGAGAAAACAGUAAGGGAAUCCCUCAGUCCCCUGCGGUAUGCUUCACCAGUUACUUCUCCGAGAGCUUCUGUCACCUCUCCUCCUUCUUGGGAAAUUCCUCGAAGACACUCUAGAAAAUCUCUUCCUCCAGAGGAUCCAACUAUCUUCUUGAUGGGGGGGCGGCGAGGCAUGUCUCUGCAACCAGAUGAUCUGCCUGGCAUACGACGCUUUACUUCCGUCCAACCAGAUGACAUUCAAAGUAUACGUCGCUUACCAUCGCUGCCCCCAGAGGACCGACACUAUACCCAUAGAGCACCUUCAAUGCCUUUGGAGGAUUAUUCCUUAAAUCACCGCAUAAAGUCCAUUCCGCCUGAAGACCGCCCCUACACCUACCGAGCACCAUCCAUGCCACCUGAUAAUAUUUCAUCUAAAAGCCGUAAGAAUUCAAAUCUUCCCAAUGACUCCAAAGCACACCCGUCCAGUCCAAAUAUUGAUAAUGAAUUAGAUGGAGAACGAGUACAAGAUGCUGUAGCUGCUGCAGUUGCAGCGGGUGCACUUGCAGGAGAAGCAGCAGCAGUUGUAGCAGCAGUAGACAGUUCUACAGAGAGGGGCAGCAGCAAGUCCCGUGAGCCAUCAGUUAGCCGCCUUCGAAGUCCCGAUCCUCCAAAUCGCUUGACUCCAAGUCACGAUGAUACACGUAACCUUGCUCGAGAAGAACUGUCACGACGCCUUACUCACCUGACACGUAUAUCGGGUACCAGUGGACAAUCUGGCUGGAACCGAGGAGGGUUAAAUGGAGGGGGUAAGACUGGUGACGUGGGUGAGAAGCGAGUUUAUCGGCGCACCAAUACUACCGGUCACCUGGGAGAAGCACUGCCUGGAAUUUCACAAUCAGGUGUCAACCCAGGACUUUCUGUAAGACCAGUGUACCGACGUACCAAUACUAUGGACCUGCCACCAGCAGAUGCUCGAGCUCGACCAGGUAGUGAGUACCGGCGACAGCUGCAAGACCCUGCGCGCCGUUUCUCAGCCGCAAGCUUGGGCAGAGGUGGAGACAAAGCAAGAUUCAAUAUUCAAGAGACACUAGUGGAAGAAGAGGCCCUCCCCACAUCUUCACCUCGGACACCUUCUUCCCGUCUCGUCUCUCCGUCCUUCAGCUCAUCGUUGUCAUCCCAUCGCAGUUACUCGAAUAUGGAUCCUCCACGCUACAACUCCUCCUUGUCCUCCAACAUCUUGCCACUCACCCGCAGAACAUCCUUCUACCGAUACUGAGAUCAACACUUAAUGUUUAUUUAAAGCUGAAGCUGUUUAUUGUGAAAGAUUGUAACUUAUAUAAACUUUGCUGUGCAGACACUGUCACACACACUCUGGUAUAUUAAUAGGUAUUCAUAAUUCCAAUUCAGUUACAUUAUAAAACCUUUUAAUGAGCACUGUAAACCCUAUACCGGUACAGUACAGUACUGCACUACCUGUACAUUAUACUAUAUGCUUAUUGUAUACACACAUUACAUCACAUAAUUGGCUGUCAGUGAUACACAAACCUCAAAUAAAUUAUUGUGUGUGAUAUAGCUAGAAUAAGUACUGGUAAGAUACAGAAUCUGAACCCAAGUUUUCUUGUAAAUCAAUUAUCCUCAUUACAAGUGAUCAUACACAAUAACAAUAUAAUGUACUCUAGACUACAGUACUGUACUUUGUUUCAAUACAUUGUAAUUACCGUGUAUAAUAACUAAAAUACAGUAGUAAAAAAAAUUCCCAAAUUAUAUUCUUCAAGGUAGCAGGAAAUUCAUAGUACAGUACAGUACAGUACAGUACAGUACAGUACAGUACUACCACACUAAAAUAUGGAGAAUACUGUGAUAAUGUUCUGAUCUUAUACAAUAUCAGUUUCCAUAAAAUACAGUCAUUGCUAAUUCCUAGCAGUAUGCUUUUGUCUGCUGCUGAACCAACAUUUACUCAACUUUACUGCAAGGUUAGUGUUUGUACUGCAUACAGCACAUUAUUAUGAUAUUUUAAAGUCUUUUCCCAGUACUGUACUGUAUAGUGCAGGACAUCAGGAAACAAAUGCCAAGAUACUCUUUUUUAAUUUAUUUAUUCUAACAAAUGUGUCUUGCUUUGAUGUUCCCUUUCUCUUUGCAUAUAAUUUUGUAAAUUCAGUCAAAAUAAUAUUCAUUACUUGCAGCUUAAAAUACUGAUUGUCAUAUUUUCUACAGUACAGUACAAGUGUACAGUACAGUAAGUUUAUCUAAAGUCCCCUUUUCAAGGGCUGAUCCUUUGUAUAUGUACUCUGAAAUUCUAUUAAGGACGCAUAAUUAAAGUGUACAAGCUCUUAACUACUGUACAGUACAGUGUUAUAGAUAUACUUGACCCUGUAAUACAUGAACAAACUCAUACAUACUGUACAACAUAAAUACACUUGAUCCUACAAUGUAUAAACAAGCUUUAAACUACAUGUACACCUUUGCAUAACUGUCAAUAUUCAGGCCUUGUUUAUCCUCUGCUAAGUCCUUUAUUCAUAUAAUACUGCCUUUGGCUGAACUGGGAUAAAUAAACCUUUUCUUAACUAUUUGAACUUUUAUCAGGCAUUAUAUAAACAACACAGCUGCUAGCAUAACUUGCCUAGAAUCAAGGAAGCCUCAGCUUCACUCAGUAGAGUGCAUCUGAGGAGUUCCCCGUCCACCACGUAUCUGCUUGGCUUCAGAAGAUGCUUCCCUGAGGCUUAUCCAGAGCUCUUCUCUGACAAGAGAAAAGGCUACCUUAUUCAAUCACCUCUGACACUGGUGGCAGUGAUAAUGACAAGCUGUGUAAUCAGUCUUCCCUGUGAUAGGUUGGAUCUAUUUUUUAGACAUAUAAAUAUUAAUAUUAUGAAUCUCAUUCUCAAUAAGCAUAUCAAAUACAGUAUGAUCACUAUACAGUAUUAUUAAACUUAUACAAGCAAUAUAAUAUUGCUGAUACAGGGUGUAUUAUAAUAUUUGUGAUGUACAGUAUUGAUAUUUUGUGGUCUUGUAACAAAUUUGCCCAAUACAGACACUGUUGAUUAUCAAAUUUUUUUUUAAAUAAGUUAAAAGUAUCAUUUAGUAACUGAUUGCUGCAGCUCUUAACUCAAGGAACCAACAUCUGAAACCAUCCUCACGUCAACCUAACGGCAAACCCACAUACAGUACUGUAUACUGUACUGUAUUGCUUGCAGCCGUUCCUCAGGAGCGGCCAGCAGGAAGAACACUGCCAUUAAAUUCCCUGUGCCCAAGACACAUACAACAUACUUGUAUUGCUUAGGACACAGACAUAACCUUAAGGUACUCAGGACACAUACAAUAAUAUUUCAGGAUGCUUUACAUAGAAAUCCUCUAUGACACAUUUAUAUGAUUUGAUAGUGGUAUACAUAUGUAAAGUCAACAACAAAUAUUUCUACACCUUUACGGUGUUAUACAACAUGACACACCGGACAAGAAUUCUGAACAACACGGGUUUUAUAUGUAUUCUUGUUAAUUUUUCCUUAUUAACUAUUCAUGAUACAGGAAUACAGAAUACAUCAAAUUGAUUACACAAUACAUCACACAAUCAGAAGUAUCAACCUUACCAAAUGAUCAUGGCCUCAGUCAAUGAUUGUUGUGAAAGACAUCAGACCCAGGGGUGCAAAAAUUUUGUUGUUGACUGUGUAGAUUGAUUUUUCUUGUAAUACGGCUCAUACAUUUAACAAUUAAGAUAUAUCUACAGUACUGUACAGUCCUUAACUUUUGAAAAAUCUAACAUAUACAAAUAUCCUACAAUUAUAAAUAUACUGUACAAUGCACAUACAGUACAGGUAUAUCUGGGGUACAAUGUCAUACCUUGCAGUAGUGUUCGGGAAGAAGGUUCAGCUUAAAACAAACAAAAGAUCCUCUAAUAACAUACUCAUUCAGUAGAAUAAGUGAAAAGAUAAUUAAGUCACAUUAUAAAAAAAUAGAUCUGGUGUGUUGCAUAAACUGUGCUGUACUGUACUGUUUCAAAACAAAAAAUGUGGUUUCUCUUCACUGAAAUCAAAUUCUGUACCUGUACAGAAUAAAUUAAAGGAAUAAGUUAAGUA